AUGGCUUCUUCCUCGUUCGCUGUACCCGCAUAUCUCGCGCUUACCGACAGCCACGGUAAGUAUACGCCAACCAACAUCUCAACGUCGACAUAUUCCAUCGUCACGCAAGCCGUCUCAGGACUCCGGUGGUUCGAUCCAUAUCGUGUAGAUUUAUCUGCACUGACUUUGUUAUCGACACCUCCUCUCUCGUCCCAAUUAUCAUCAACAUCGGCUCUUUUAUUCGUCAUCGGCACCAAUUCCAUCCGAUCCAAUUCUGCCUCGGUCGCCCUUUCGGACAUCAAGCGGGUCAUCGAUUUCGUACGUACCACUCACCCUCACUUAUCAAGCAAGCAUUCCAUCAAUAUCAUUUGCUGCUUCCCAUGCCUCAAACCCAUCUACCCAUCCAACAUCACUCAUUCAUUACUCAACAACAUCCACGAGUAUAAUUGCUCGCUUUUCGCUCUCGUCGACACCCUCAACUUCACCGUCCUCAACUUCGAUGUGACACCUUCCCAUCUCGGUUCUGAUCGCAUGCAUCUACACCAUAAUUAUAAGGAUCUAGUCCCCGAUUCUAUUAACAAUUAUUUCGCAUAUUUGUCGUCAAUUCCUGCAACGGUGCCCUUCAAAACCACCGAUCGUUCUUCUGAAGCCGUCGCUCGUCCUAAUCACCGACGACAUAUCAAACGAACCACUCAACAACAACAGCACGUUCUUAAACGUCGAGUCUCCUCCCCUUGGAGACUAGACACCAUUAAGACGUUUCUGCAGGAGCAGCAUAUCAAAUUUGCUAAACUUCCCCCUAUCUACCGCAACAUCAUCCGCAUUCAAUUCAACAACGCCCCAGGUUAUUAUGGCACGGUCGGUUCCGGCUGGUUAGGUUCGUUGUCCGACCAUUUCCUUGCUGCUGGAUUCCGGCCGGAAGUUCAAACGUAG